AUGCCUCCAAUUCGAUUAGCGAAGGCCCCUGUAGCACCUUCGCGCCGCCCGAACUGCCAGCUAGACGCAUAUGUGCGUACAAAACUCGUUGAAUUGAAGAUUAUCGCUGGCUGGACCUAUAAGCAAAUACACCAGGAAUAUUUGUCUAUUCCAAUCGGUACAAUCAAGACAACAAUUAACCGCACGAAUCAGAGAAUAGAGAAUGAGACUUCACCUCGAUCUGGACGUCCCCGGAAGCUAGACGAGGACAAUAAACUAAAGCUUCUGAAUGCUAUUGAUACGAAUCUCCGAAUUACCUACGAGAACAUCCUCGCUACCGUCGAUCAUAAGGUUAAAUGA